AUGACAUUGCGAAAAUUAAAUAUCGAACCAUUAACUCAAGAAGCUUUUGUUCCAUUUGGUGAUGUUAUUGAAACUGAUCAACGUCCUUUUAGAAUAAUUAACAAUGGUUCAACUCGUCGUUAUCAUUGUCUUGCUCAAGUAGAAACAGCAUAUCCAGCUGAUGGUGAUCGAGCUAUCAUUAGUAUCUUUCGAGCUCAGGUAACAAAAACGCCGUUUACUAUUCGUAUGCUUGAACGACAUCCACUUGGUAGUCAAGCUUUUGUACCAUUAUUGGGUCGACCAUUUCUUAUCGUUGUUGCUCCACCAACCAAUAACUCUAUCAAUAAUGAUACACCUCAACUUGACCUUAUACGUGCUUUUAUAACCAACGGUAAACAAGGAGUAAAUUAUAGUCGUGGAACUUGGCAUCAUCCUGUAUUAGCAAUCGGCAACGAAGAGGAUGAUUUUCUUGUUGUAGAUCGUGAAGGUUCAGGUAAUAAUUGUGACGAACAUUUUUUUCAAGAACAUGAACAAAUGAUACUGAAUUAUCAAUCAUAA